AUGGCCGAUGCCUAUGUCAAGUGGAAAUAUGCCGUUGGAUUGCCUGACGGUUUCUGCGAAGCAUACAGCUUCACCAUUGACGUCGUCGACAUACAUACACUUGCAAGGGAGGCCACAAUAUCCAGGGGUGAAGAGACAAAGGCUGCUGUUGCACUUGUAUAUGCAGGCUACCUCGGAACGUCUCCUGAACUUCCUUCUCUCGCAGUAUCUCUGAAAACCCUCGAGCUCUAUUACACUCUCCGUCUCUUUAAGCCGUCCUUCAGCAUCAAGGCCUUUGCAAAGACUACAUGCCACCUGUAUUUGCUUCCUUACCGGAGGGGAUACCGCACUGGCCUUUCCAAUGCAUUUGACAUUUACUUAGCAAUCCGACGGAAGGUUGAUGCUCAAGUUGCCAAGGAGUUAGGCCACGAUUCUGACAACUAUCGUGUUCUCAACAGCUGUCCAGCAUGCUGCUACAAGCUUGAAGAUGAGCCGGACGUUGAAUUUUCUCAUAUGUGGGUAGUAGAUGGCAACAAUUCACUUAAAUGCAUGGCGGGUGUUGGCAACCGGGAAGUAUCCGACACUCGGGUCUUUGGAGAAAGUGACUAUUACCUUUCUGCAGAUUUCGUCAACACCUUUGCAAAUGAAGUCACACAUCCAUCCCACGUCGUUGAAGAUGAAGACCCCGAUGAAUCUCAAAGUGAGUGGGUUGACAAAGAUCAUGGCGACCCAACAGAUGGAACAACAGACGGCAGCCUUGCACAGUGCACCAAAAAUUGGAAAGCUGCUGCCGCUGAUCAGCACAAAAAAAUGUGGAGCAUUUUUCAGGAGUCGGGAUACUUUGUCAGUGCAUGUAGACACGGGUUUGUCCUUUGGGUUGUUGACAUGAUCCGCAGUGGGGAGCUCGCAAAGUAUCCCUUGGCUGUGGUUGCCAAGGCACUGGAAGUGCUCGAACCUCGUUGGAUUAUGGGUUAUGACAUUGGAUGUAGCUUCGAAGGCACCAUCCGUCGCAGCUCUCUUGGCCCAGAGUUUCUCAAGCAGGGGUGCCGUACCUGUGUGAAUGCAUUCCACGGCUACUCGCAUAAUGCCACCUGUCAGCAAAAAUACCAUCCGCUUAGCAUCCGUGGCAUGGGCUUAAAAGAUCUAGAAACUCUUGAACGACUCUUCUCAUCAUCAAACCUACUUGCUCCAGUCACUCGUUAUAUGACAGCCUACCAUCGGCGCAUAUUCAUUGACAUAUUCCUGCGCCAAUGGGACCAAGAAAAAUAUCAGAACCUGGCGACAAUGCUCCACAACAACUACGUGCAAGCUCUAGACAUUCUUGAGGACGAAGCCCAAGCACUUCAGGCAGACCUCAAAGCCAAGGGUAUCUCAGUUCAAGACCUUGAAGACUACUUUGUCGACGAGUUGAAUCACUUGAAGGAAAUGGGGAAGGAGGCCGAAGGAGACAUACAUGCCGUGGCCUAUGUAGAACUUCUUCAGAAAUAUAGGGACGUCAACUCGGCUUGCGAAAAUGCUGCUGCUGACUUUCGUUCACAGACUCCUUCCGACUACCAGUUUCUCUCCUCAACAGCAUCAUACAGCAGGAACCUUUCUGACAGCCGUAAGUUGGAAACUAAACGGCGAUAUCUACAGGAGCAGUCGGACAAGUUACUUUUUGAGGUGGUGCAGAUGGAGAGUGUCAUGGGUAUUUCGCAGCGGUGGGAACCAAUCGACAAGGAGUAUCUUGAGACGUUGAAGUAUAUGAAUGCUCGGAAGUAUCACCAGGCUUUGGAACGGCUUUACAAGCUAGUUAUACAGCGUUUGUUUGAGCUUCAUAAAAUGAAUCUUUCAUUUACUGGCUACAAAAUGCGUACCCAUAUAUCAAAUGCCCUUCAACGGCGUUCAAAGGCGAUUCGAAAUGCCGUCAAGACAUAUAACAACGCUGCAGUUGCCAUUGGGCGACCGACACUGGAUUGGACAAAAGUUACGCAUUACACCUUUCUUGAUCAGUUCAACAUUCUCCAAGACACUCGCCACAGCAUCCUGGACAAGAAAUGGGCUGACCCCGUCGUCCGAAACCUUAUGAAGCAGCACCGCCGAGUUUUACGUGCCAAGGAGGAGAUUGGCUACUGUAAUGUACAAAUCCGCCGACUGCAUACCUUUCUUCUUGACGAGGACAAGAAGUUUGAUGAAACUUUACAGUGCUUGGAGGAUCACUCGAAUUAUCACCCCGUCCUAGAAUACAUCAAUCGACGGCGCGCAGUGAACCAACUACUGCUCAGCCGCAUCCACCAAACUCAGGCUUUGCCAGGUUUCACUGGUAACAAGACUCCAGGAACGCGGGUAGGCAAGGCUCCCGCAGGCAACAUUGGUACGGAAUCUCCUCCAUCAAGACUUCCCGACCCUGACUCUGACAACGGUGAGGAUGGCGAAGAUGAUGAGGUAGUCGAUGGGAUGUGUGCAGUUAUUGAGUUCAUGUCAAACUUAUCUACUUAG